AUGUCGCUCAAAGCACCCACCGAUACCAAGGCACUUCGCCGCUUCUCCUGCAUCCUAUAUGCCCGCUACUCAACUCACAGCGAUACUCUCAUGCCUUUCCACCGCGCAGCGAGCACCGUUCCGAAUCGUGUCGAAGAGACAAUGCCACAGACACAAGAACAUACCGCACCAGAGACUGGUACGCUACAAAGUCAGCUCGACCAACAGUUAGGGCCGGAAUACAUCUCCAUGAGCCCUGGCGCAGGCGGAGGCAGAGAACACAAUCUGGCUGCCGAGAAGGUCAUAAUCUUGGCAAAUGAGGUCUUUGGGUCCAACGGCUGGUCAAGCGCAAUUCGGAACGCACAGAUAGACUUCGUAGACGAGAACCAGAGUACUGGGCAGAUCACCUUGGGACUGUCAAUGAUCGUUCGGGUGACUCUGAAGGAUGGCACGUUCCAUGAUACAAGUCAGGACAUUGGCUACGGUCAUGCCGAGAACUGCAAUAGCAAAGCGGCAGCCUUCGAGAAGGCGAAGAAAGAAGCGGUCACAGAUGCUCUCAAAAGAGCUCUUCGGCACUUCGGGAAUGUGUUCGGAAACUACAACAAAGAACACCUAUCGAAGGUUACGAAGGUCAAGGUCGCACCAAAACAAGCGAUAGCGGAUGCGCCAUCAGAAGAAAGGCCUCGAGCUACGAGGUUUGCUAGAAAUCAGUCAAAUCUCUCUGACGGGACAGAACUCGAGGAUGAGUUUGGUGGUGACCCAUUCGACGAGGUGGACUUUAGCAAAGGGCAUCCAGACGAAGUAGUGCUGGACUAUGCGUCUGUGACAAAAGUCGCCGCUGACGUUUCCGGGAUGCGGUCAAACGAUCGACCUCCACACUCAGUACCACCGCCUCAGUCACGGUAG